AUGCACGGCGCGCCGGGAUCUCCACUACAGAUCCUUCUGGAUCUGUGCUGGAGCCACAAAAAUGUGAAACACGGUACUGGAGGUAGAGCGACAGCGUUUAAGUCAUAUGCGCAUGGUUUUUUGUAUGGCGACGAGUGGACCCCAGCUGAGCGACCGGCGAAGCCAGGGUUCGGUGAGGAUGUGCUGGGUGGCAAUGAUGGUUCGAACGUGGUGACGUAUGGCCUGAAUCAAGAUGGUGCCCCACUCGUUUCUGGCAAGUCUACAAAUGGUUAUGGUGGAGGCGGGGCUAAUGGCAACGGAGAAGAGGGCGGCGAAGGAGGUGGUGGUGAAAACGGUACGGGUGAAGGCGCUCUGACAGCGAAAGAGCAAGCAGAGGUAAAUGUGGGCAUGUUUUACAAGCAGCUGCUCGCAGCGCGUACGAAGCAGCGACAGCACGGAGAAACUUUGAAGGGUUUGCGGGACGCUCUCAUGCAGGAGGGCGGAGGAGUGGAUAACGUAGAACUGGACAAUGUGGAGGCCCGUUUUCAAUGUGCCCACUCGUACGACCUGAAGAAAAAUGGUGGUGGCACCAUUUUUCCCAGCGAAUCGACGAAGAUUUUAGAAGUUCGCUCAGUGGACCCUAAACACCCGACGCCCUGGAUCCCCUGUAGCCGCUGGUACGGACGCGACAACUUAGUGAAUCCGGGCUGUGUGAUCGAGGUGCAGUCGCACAAGAAAAGCAGUGGUGCUACGAGCAGUACAAAAGCGAAGGAUGAUGGAAGCGGAAAAGAGAAGGCAGGAGAAGACAAGUCAACUUCGAAAGACGCUGGCACCUAUCGUGAUGGCGAUAUCACGGUUGACAGUAAGAUUCGCAUAACGUUGGAGAACUUUAAUUAGGGUCAGCUUUUUUCCAUGUUUCUCGGGAUCUUGGUACCCUUUUCCCUUGUAUUUCAUCGGAAAGGGGUCGAGAUGAGGGAACCGAGAUGGAUCAAAGCUGAGGCUAAUUUAAGAAGGUGCACAACAUUCCUCUCGUGUUGGAUUCCUGUCCGGAACCGGCCGACGCCAAUUUCUUUUUCAAUACCUGCGCACCGCCAGAUCUCCGCAUGGCCUGUAACUGCAACAAGUACGGGCACGAACAGGUUUGGGCGCGUUGCGGCAACAAAACCCGGUGGACGAGGUGUGCGAAGGGCAGCGUGAAUCGCAUGGAGCUAGCGGACGAAAAGGACGAAUCCGCAAAAAAGAAUCCCAAUGAGGAAAUGGAAAUCGAAUCGCCAGGAAGUGUUACCUGUCAAGUUUUUGGUCGCGUGCUCACGAGGCCGUACGGCGCCUUAGCGCCGGACAGUAAACUAGGACCGUUUUGGGACUUCUGCAAAAACAAGUGUGGUCCGAUCGGUGGCGAACGCAGCACCAUGGGUUUGUAUCGAUCGCGACAUAGUAGCCUCGUAACGAAUGAUAAUCCGGCAGCUGUCAAGAAAAAAGCUGGUGGUCGUGGUGCUGCUGCUGGCGGAGAAAGUGCAGCGAAGAAAGAUCAGCAGACUUCAUCUAAGAUAAAAUUGCUAGACGCUGAUGCGAAGAAAGCACUCGCGCGUGAGGAAGAAGCUGCGGCAGAAGCGCUUCGAUGGCCGGUUCGGAAAGAGUUGGCGAGCUGUCCUGGCAAGAAGCUGUCGUUGAAGUGCACAUGUACCGACACUAUUGCUACUCGCAGUCCGCGUCCUCCCGACCCCGAAAACGGAUCCGGCAUGAUUUUAGGCCAGGAAUUUUCAGAAGAGGGGCGCAAUUACCUAGCAGCUUGCGGUGAUGCAGAAGGCGUGUCUCUGCCGUGCGAAGAUCACCGAGUGCAAAAAGUGAACGGCUUGCAUUCUUGUCGAGUGUUUGUGUCUCUUGCUGACUUCCCGGGAGGCCAGAACAACCAACGCACGUAUCGCACGGUCAUAGUGCCGCCUUCCCGAGUAGACACCGCAGACUGCGAUCAAAGUUGUCCGCUGAUUUCAAAGCGUCGCCUGGCGGCCGCCGGCGGCAAGUCGAAGUUCCGAAUCGCGCAAGAUCCCGAUACGGGCGCCACGGUUGACGCAGAAAGAGCAGAGAAGCGCGCAGAGAAAUCCGCAAAGUUGGAUGCGAAAAUCGAGCAAGCAGAAGCAGAAGACGGUCGCAAAGAAAUGGAUGCCAUGGUUCAGGCAGCGCGGGCGGGAAUGCAAGACGAAAAGCCUCCGCCGGACGAUGAAGACACAAGUGUGCGAGAACUGGACUAGGUGAUAAAGACCACUAGCCGCUUCCUUGCAUACUCUGCAAGUUUUGAACAGAUGCAUGCACAGAUAUACCAGUCACAAACUUUUGCAGCUGCAAAAAACUAUGAGUUGCUUGCGAGAGGACACGGCAUUGGUAGGAAUAUCAUUUUCAAUGUCUUUCCGUACAAUGUUGGAUCUCGCACAGAAUCACCGAUGCUAUCAUAGUUAUCUGCCUUCGCGAGGCCUUGUACCCAUCUCAUGAAUGUUUCUACAUUCAAGAAGGGAAUGAAAAUGGUCAUGUCAGUGAGAACAGUCCGCUCGCCAUUUAGAAGCUUGACGAGAAUUUGACUCUUUCGAGAAAAUUGGAGCUCGAUCUGUUGAU